AUCCAAUUUUUAUCUUUCAAUAUAAUCUUUUCUUUUCACUUUGCUUCUUUCUUCAUAUAAUAAAUCCCAUCUUUCAAAAGCCACAAUUUCACUCUUCCACAAAAUUUCUUUUAACAAGGCCCUUUUCAAUAAAUAAACUAUAGCAACAAAAAAAACAUCAUACAUGGCAACAAAACCAAAAGAUACUAAUAGUCUUAUGAAGAAUAAGGACAAGAAACCCUUAUCUUCCAAUACUCCUCCAAACUCAACCACAAAAAGAACCUCAAGACCAUCAUCAUCAAGCUCUAUAGAGAGUUCCACCUCACAAAACUCAUCAGAAAAACAAAUCCCAAACUAUCUCAAACCAACACUUAGCUCACAACCAAGAUCACAAUCCUUUAGACUAAGAAAUGAUAAUGUUCCAAACAAACCUAGUUUAAAUAGAAGAAGAUCUUUUGAUAGACCACCUUCACUUUCAAAGGUACCAAAACAAGUUCAACAUUCUCCUUCAAGACUACAACAUAAACCUCUUGUUAGAAGCAUCAUCCCUUCUUAUAAACCACUUUCAGAAAGAGUCUCAUCAAAGACUCCAAAACAAGAUACUAUCAAGAAGAGUGAUUCAAAGAAUGUUGCCACAAAGAGUAGUACUAAAGAAGAAACAAAAGAAAAAAAGAAUGUUGUUGGAAAUGAACCAAAACCGAAGCCGGAAUCGGAACCGGAACCGGAAGUUAAAGAGGCAAUAUCAAAUGAAGAGAAUAUUGGAGAAGUAGAAAAAGUUGAGAGUGUUCAAGAACAUGACGAGGUUGAAAAUCUUGUACCUGAUGUUAAUGAAUCUCAGGUACAAGAUAGUAUACCUGAGAUUAAUGAGUCUCAGGUACAUGAUAUUGCACCUGGGAUUAAUCCGUCUCAGGUACAAGAUAUUGUAGAUAUUCAUUCUGAUAAUGAGAAUCAAGGGCAUGAUCAAAACACUCUACAACUUGAAUCUGAUUCUGAGAAAGUGAAAGAGGUGAUUCCUACGGCGGUGUCGGAAGAAGAAGUAAAAGAAGAUCAAACCAAAGAUGAAGUUGAAGAGAAUGAGAGUGCAAAUACAAACCAAGAUGAAUGCAACAUUAACAAGAGUGAUGAGCAAGAAACAAACCAUUCACCAAAAGAAGAAGUUGUUGAUGAGGUUAAAGAAAAAGAACAAGAAGAUAUAAAAAAUGAGGAAGAGUUAGAGAAAGAAGAAGAGUCAAGUGAAGUAAUGGAAGUAAAAGAGAAAAAUGAGGAAGAGUUGGAGAAGGAAGAAGAAUCAAGUGAAGUAGUAAUGGAAGUAAAAGAGAAAAAUGAUGAUGAAAAAGUGGAGAAUGAGGUUGAAGAAGUUACCAAAGUGGAUUCACCAAAGGAAAAGGAAGAAGAAAGUAGUGUGGUGCAAGGGAAGAAAGUGCCUGCUCAAGUUUCCAAUGAUGUGAUUGAAGAAACAGCAAGCAAGUUAUUAGAAGAGAGAAGGAAUAAGGUGAGAGCAUUGGCUGGUGCAUUUCAAACUGUCAUUGAUCAUCAAACCACCAAAUGAAAGGAGAGUUUUUCAUUUGGUUUCAUGUGAGAAAGUGAGAACAUAAAUAUUUGUGUAAUUAAUACCUUUGUGAUUAACUUAACAUCUAAUUCUUAGUAAAAUACAUGUAUCUUAAGCUUUUGUAAUUAUAUAUGUACAAUAAUAUUUUCAUUUGUUAUUAUUAUGUUAUUGGAUUGUAUACAU